CGAAGAUCGCGAAGUCAAGGACUUAAUCUUUUGAACUCAUUAAACUUAUCGAUCUCCUCGAACUAGAGGACGCAUAGACAAAAAAACACAGUUUUAUUAGUAAGAAAGGAAAGGUAUAAGUCAAGAGAGAGCAAUGUUGAUUUCUGAGAGGACGGCCACAGUAAAAAAUGUGUUUGUUGACAUGAUCUCCGCGGGCCGUUUCCAAGUGUUUAUUUGGUGACAAGAACAAUGACAGAUGAACCCUAUGAACAAACAGACAUGUCCCUUCUUUUGCAUCAAUAGUUCUCUUUAAGGUUGGGAAAAAACUCACACAGCAUAAUCUUUAAACUAUGACGACAAACCUACAGGAAGCUUUAAUGUUUGUGACUCAAGAAUAAUGAUGAGGAACAGCAACACAAGUAGUGUUACAAGACAAGUACACUUUGCAAAUGGUUUUCCACCAAAGGGUCUGGUGCAAGCUGUAGUUCCCUACCAACAGUCAACAUCAGCUGUGAAGCACUAUGUCAGCUUGGAUGAAGUUUCACCUGGCCGGAUUAGAAGAACACACCGAACAAUUCCACCUCUGGCCAUGGGGCGUGGUCAGUUCUGUAGCAUCAGAGCUAGACCAGAAGAUGAACGAUAUAAGAGAAGACCAGAUCCUUUCAAAUUACCCAAGGCUGCAGAGAAGACUGGAUUUUCUGCUUCACAAAUUAAGCAUGCUAAGCCAAGAAUUUUGAGAGCAUGCCAUUCAACAGAGCCAGCAACUCCCUCUCCUGUCACUACCCCAGUCUAUGAUGCGAGAUAUUCAACAAGGAGAACAGUUUAUUCCAAUCCACCAAACAGGCCCCAGGAAAGUGAUCUUGAAGAUAACUUUGUGCUUCCAGCAGAGCUUAACUCCAAAAAUAAUAAAAUUAUAUCUGAUGUUGAAAACCAAACCAUUCAGGCAGAGCUUGCUGGGCUUGAGGAAGUCUAUCAACGAGUAUGUCAUGGAAGAAUAGAGUCUCUACACAGUCUUAUGUAUCCUAGUCGAAGGGAUACCAAAAAGGGUUUAGUGCAGUAUAUUAACACUUCUGCACCAGUGCAGCUUAGGACACCACAGAUUUCUCGGUACUCCAAGAAAGCACCUGCUGCUAAAAAUCUGAAAUAUAAAGUGGAAACAGAUACAGCUGAGACAAAUGAUAUGGGAGAGACAAAGAAUGGGGAAUUACAGGGAUCUAGUUCUGCUCCUGAUAUAGAAAACAAGCAAGAGAACAAUGAUCGUCCAAUUCUGAUCCCUCUUCCAUAUGUCAGAUCAGAUGUCAGUUUAACAACAAUUACAAAACAGCAAAAUCAGACUUACCAUGUACCUUACAUGUAUAGCAGUAGGAAUACCCAGGCAGUCCUGAGGCAGCCUUCUACACUCAGUAAUACUGCAGUACCUGCAGUCAUAAACUUUAAUCCAAUGAAUAUACCUGAACUUCCUCACUCAGGAGCAAAGAAUAGUAUACCUAGUAGAGGUGUUGUCACAGUAACUUUAACAAACAAGUCCAGCAAUAGUACAGAAAAUGUGGGUCACAAUCCUAUGCCUGCUCCAUAUGUCUCCCCCAGUCCUUUUAAAGGCACCACACCCAAUCAGACACCAGCAACACCAGCAUUAGUUGUUGGAAGGAGUGACAUGUUAAACAAACUGGAAGUUGAGAGCGUGGACUCUGAAGUGGAUUACUCUGCUCAUGGAGUUCAGGAAAGCUUAACCAAUAAUCAGGGAGAAGAGAAGACAGCUUCAAAUCAGACAGAAGAUGCUGCUAGCAAAAAUCUUGAUGAAGAAAUGGUGGCAAGUGAAAUUAGGCUAAGUGUUACUACAGAGGGAGGCCUACAGGGUGGUGUGGAAAUUUAUGAUUAUACUAAAAGAGACAUUGAGAGUGAACGACAAGCUGCAAAACAUCUUGAGGAGUUUGAGAAAAUUGGAGAGAAACAUAUAAAAGAGUACAAUGAUCUUCUUGAGGAGCAUCAGCAUAUUUUGGAUGAGGUCAAACAACUUGAACAAGAACUUCGCAAAGAGGAAAUUCAAUAGCCAGAUAUUUUUAUUAUUAAUGUGUCACAAGAAUUAAGCAAAACACAGUCUCCCAUGAAUAGAUUGUUUCACUAGCCACCAACCUUAAUCACCUUGGUCAGAUUUGUUUUUCUUUUGCAUUGAAGAAUUUUUACCGAAAGUAAUUUUUUUGCUCCAUUUAUAUCUAGCUCCUACCCCUACCCCUCCUCCUCCUCCUUUUUUAUUGUUAGUUAGCCACAGUAUUAAGACAAGGAAAUAAUUUUUUGACCUUGAUUUUACCAAAUUUAUUAGGAAUAAGGAACUUCUUCAUUCAGCUCAAGGAGACAUGUCUCCUUGAAGCUUUGAUUAUCAGCUAGUUAUUGUCAAUAUUUCAAUUAUUAGAAACCUAUAGCACAAACUUUUUCGUUUUUCUUUCAAAAACUCUAUUAAUUAGGAAGUGGAAUAUAAGCACAAUUUAAAAUGCUUUAUAAGUGUGAGAAAAAUACAAUUCGAAAGAAACUUUUCCUAAAUCACAAAAUAAUUUUAAUACUUUAAAGGGAAUUAGUUAUGGGGGAUCUUCAGAGUUGGUGGCAAGAUUUAUUUGUUAAAGAAGCUUUUUCAAAUUUAAGUUCUGGAUUAGCGAUUGUUGUCUAUUCAGUAUCCAAAGUACCAUCUAGAACUUGUUCUAAGCACUGUAUCUUCUUGAUUCCAUUGCCUGAUCAGGACGACCACUUAACGUUUGAUGCAGAAAACUGAAAAUUGUAAUUAGAGGCAAAAAAUUUUUAGCAACUGCUAAAUGAUUGAUGAGAUGAUUUUUUGAAAUUUGCAUCUUUCUAAAAGAUGUUGUGUAACAUUUUAAGAAAUACAGUGCUAGGAUACAUUUUGGUAUUAAUAUAGCAUUUGGUGACUAAGCUUCAAGAUCCCUCCACAUGAUGGCAUGAAUUAAAACUAUCUUGCUAUAAAUCUUCUUAGUAUUAUUUAAGACAGUGAGAAAUUUGCAAUAAACUGUGUAACAAUGCUAGGGCUCUGAAUAUCUUUCUCAACAUGAUCUUGGCUUUGUCACUUUUUAAAUUUUUGUUUACUGUGAGCCCUCUAUGUGUCUGAGCAGGUGUAGAGGUGGCUGCAGAUUUUAUGUGGGUUAUGUUUAAGCCAAUCAUAAGUUGGCUUCUCUUCACAAGAUCUUUCUAAAGGGCAAUAGUAAAGGAUGGGAUCUAGGGUGCAAAAUUUCAUCUCUUGUUUAUACCUGUUAUCAAGGCUUCAGGUUAAGUCUUGCAAACUUAUGAUAGGAGGGCAAGGCAGAGAACCAAAAGUUACCACAAUAAGGAAAUUAUAUUUUAAAGAAUAUGUGUAUAUGACUUGACAACAAGGAUA